CGUUUUGCCUCAUUCCGUCCUGCUUGGUGCGUCGCGAUUAGUUCAUUCGCCUCUUUUCAAUCCCACUCCCAGUUCGUUCAGUUCUUCAUCAGUCGCCGCCGCGCUACAAACUUACGCGUUUCUCCGCACUAUGAACCAGCAAACCAACAACACAUAAACCUUCCAAAAUGAAGCCUAAUCGGUUAUAACGUUUCGUUUACAAACCUUAUUUUUAUUAUUAUUAUAUAUUAGAUCGAAUAUAUUAUAUUGUGAUAUUUAGCUAGUUUUAGUAUAUUAUUAUUUAUACCGUUACAAUGGAUUUGAAUUAUUUAAACUAGUAUUUCCAAAUUAACAAAUCAGUGCUCAAGAUAAUCUCAUUCCAAAACGCCCAGUAAAAUCAAAUAAAUUGGAGAAAAUUUUAAUACAUUAAUUUGCAAUGACAGCGAAAACUCGUUCACAUUGGAAGGAAUAUGGAACAGCGCUUUGUGCAACGCUUAUCACAGCGACGGCGGGUACCUGCUAUGGCUGGCCAUCACCAACGCUACCUUAUCUGCAGUCACCUGACAGUAGCAUACCAACAACACCUAGUGAGGGAUCAUGGAUAGUAUCUAUAAUGAUCCUGUCCUCCGCCAUCACACCAAUUCCCUCGGCCUACCUAGCUGACAGAUUUGGAAGAAAAACUACGUUACUCAUCGGAGCGGUGCCAUUCAUCAUUGGUUGGCUGUUGAUCAUCUUCGCCAAAUCUGUAGGAGUCCUAUAUAUAGCUAGAAUGUUCUCUGGACUCGGAUACGGGAUUGUAUAUACAGUUGCACCUAUGUAUACAGGAGAAAUUGCUACAAAUGAAGUUCGAGGGGCUCUCUCUACUCUCAUUACACUAAUGAAUAAAAUUGGUAUUCUUGCCCAGUAUUGCAUCGGACCAUUCGUAUCGAUGCGAACCUUAGCCGCCAUUAACUUGACCCUGCCGAUUACUUUUGUCUUGUCAUUUAUCUUCCUUCCGGAAUCGCCCUACUAUUACCUGAAAUUUGAACGCAGCGAAAGGGCAGAACGAUCCCUUAGAAGUCUACGUUCUGGAGAUAUAAGAACGGAACUUAAAAAUAUAGAAAUUAAUGUUCAAGAAGAUAUGAAAAAUCGAGGAACUUGGAGUGAUUUGAUCACUGAAGCUACAAACAGAAAAGCCUUAUGGAUAUGUUUAGGAAUAUUUACAAUUCAACAGUUGUGUGGGAGCGCCGCAGUGGUUGCAUAUGCUGAAGUUAUUUUUAAUUGUACUACACAAGGUGCCAAUGCUCCCACUAAUGCUUCAGGACUAAAUAAAACUGUUCCACAUAUUGGCACUAGCAUUAAACCAUACCAGGAAUCUAUUAUUUUAGGAUGUGUCCAAGUUGCUACUUGUAUUCUUUCAGUAAUUCUUGUGGACCGUGUUGGACGAAAACCCCUACUUCUUUUGUCAGCGCUUGGAGUUGGUCUAAUGAAUGGUACUAUAGGCACAUACUUCUUCUUCGAUAUUACAAACAAAGGAUCUGUAGAUUUCCUAAACUGGCUUCCAUUAUGUGCUCUGCUCAUCUAUAUAGUUUGCUAUGCCAUCGGUCUAUCAACAGUACCUUAUGUGAUAAUUGGAGAAAUGUUCCCAACGAAUGUAAAACUCUACGCCUCAUGUGUUGCCCACAUAUACACCGGUAUCGCUAUGUUUACAGUUCAAAAACUAUUUCAGGUGGUAAAGGACGCUUAUGAAAUUUACACAGUAUUCUGGGGAUUUGCGGCCUUCUCUUUCCUUGGUCUGGUGUUCACGCUCGUAGUACUAGCUGAGACGAAAGGCAAGUCGUUCUCCGGUAUUCAAGAACAAUUACGAAGAGAAGUAGAAAGGGGCAGCGCCAUUCAAGUAGCUACCAAUGAAUAUUGAACGAUCGGCAGUCACCCACGCGGGCUCGAUUUUCUCAUUGUUAUUUCUAAGUUAAGUUUAAGGGAUCAAGUUGAAAAUAAAACUUAAGAAUAUUGUUACUUAAACUAUAAUGAUAGACAUACAGUUUUAUAUACAGAAAUUUUGUGUACAAGA